CAGCCGUAAGACGUUUAAAUCAGCCCAAUAGCGAGGACGAGGCCGGGCAACCGGAAUUGACCGCCGGACUUGGCGGACCGCAUUCGGGCCGCACGUGGCAUCUACUUUUUCUCGUCCGCGAACUUGACGCGCUGAAGUACAGAUCAGAGGCGGUCAUGUCGGUGCUCAACGUUUCCCGGACAUGUAGGCGGCGGGCUCUCGGCUCCCUCCGCACCCUCGCUACGGAGGCGACACACCCCGUCCCGCGGCAGCCGCCCGUCGCGCCCGCGCCGACCCCCAAGCCCCCGCGCACCAACAAGCCCAUCAUCCACACCUCCGUCAUCCUCAACCGCGCGCCCUUCCUCACGCGCGACCCAACCCCCUUCGAGCGCGCCUUCUACGCCUACCAGCAGCGCAUCCGCCGCGCCCUCCACAACCCCUUCCCGGAGGACUUUUACUUCAAGCCCGGCUCCCUGCUCGCGACGAAGUUCCGCGCGGAGGAGAAUGUGCGGGAGCGCGAGGCGUAUGGGAAUGGUUUCGGUGUGGAAGAGGAGAAGAGCGCGGAGCGAGCGGCGGCGGAUGCGGCGGCGCUUGAGCAGUUGAGGUUGCAGGAGGGAGAAGGGGAGGAUCUGCCGGAUAGGGAGCACCCGGCGGAUAAGGCGAAAGAUUUGCGCAGCUUGGACCGCGCCGGCCAGCGCAAUAUAUACGCGCUGGUGUUCGUGAACGGCGAAUGGCGAUUCCCUGAGGGCGACAUCAAGAAGGGGGAGUGGUUGCAUCAGGCUGCCCAACGCGACCUCGAGCACGAAUGUGGCGCGCACAUGGAUACCUGGAUUGUCUCUCGCAACCCGAUCGGCCUUUACAAGCGAAAAGUAAACGACACCGCCUCCACCUCUCCUUCUACCCCAGGCACGCCCACGCCCACCUCCACCACACCCGAAAUCUCCACCUUCUUUUACAAAGCGCACAUCCUCGCUGGGCAGAUCCGCCCCGCGAACGGCGCGACCGACUUCGUCUGGCUCACGAAGGAGGAGAUCAAGGAGCGGGUGGCGCCGGAGUACUGGGAGGGCGUGAAGGAUAUGUUGUCGGAUUUCUGAUGUAGCCAUGUCCUACAUACGUCUGCGCCGUAGACUGCUAAUCCCUGACACACCCUCCGCUCCUCGCUCAUCACGCCAGCGUAUCUUCAGCUAAGACAUACUCGCAUGGCUCGCGCAGUUUGAAGGUGGGCAACCUAAUCCCACAAACUAUGGUGCACGUCGCUUAGUCACCACCACUUCGGACAGUGGCCAUCCUGGCC